CUGGAGCAGUCAAACAAGGUCAUGGUCACGCCCAUCCGAGACGACAAUCCCACCGGACUCGGGCUCCACCUGGUGGCCAGGUAAGACAGCAUACCUGUUGAGGCCGGCAUGUCCGACCCCAUCAUUGCCCUCGCGAUGAGACAGAGGACAGAAGUAUCCAAAAGCUUCUCCGUUGUGCCAUACCUAUGAAUAGCUACACCAUACCUUUCAAUAGUCAUUAUGGAGACCUGCGUACUCAUACCAGGUGAAUUGAGUCUUGUUGUCACCAACAACGAAAGAAAUGCAUCGAAAUUAAAAGACACGUGCGUUUGUGUAUGGACAAACCAACGUAUACCUCGAGGAACACGAUUUUUACCAUUUCAAGGCACCGUACGUCUUGGAAAUUUAGAAAUUUAUGGUUACUUAUCAAGUAACGAUUUGAGGCAUCGAUUUGGUUGCUACGAUGAAAUUCAAGACAUCGCAUCUCAUAAAAUUCGUCAAUGUAACUGGGUGAGGUUCUUACGAUUUUCUCCUACAUUCAGUGGAGAAGUCAAUCUCUUGGGUUCUUUAGUAAAAGGAGAACCAGUUUAUGAAACCAUCAGGACUGUUGCACCACACACAGAGUUGGUGGUUUAUUAUGAAGACACUGAAGAAGAUUAUAAAAACCCAGUUGACUUAAUUUCCACUCAAUAUAAACAAGCCAUGGGAAUGAUCCUUGAAGAAACGCCUUUGGAUCUAUCGAAAUCAUUGUUCACUCAUCGAAUAUCAGGAACGACUCAAUUGACAGUAGACGAUGGCAAGACGUUACCUAGUCGACUUCUGAUGACACCUCCUUCUGAAAGUGACGAACGUCGUUCCUACUCAGGCGACAGUCUGUCUCCUAACGAUGAGUCAUUAAUAGAUACUAGGUUGGUUAUGGCUAAGAAAGGGAGAGAAAGACAUUUGUUACCGUGUGAAGUAUGUGGUAAAGCAUUCGAUAGACCCUCUCUACUUCGUCGACAUAUGAGAACACAUACAGGUGAAAAACCACAUGUUUGUGAUGUUUGUGGCAAAGGUUUCAGUACUUCAAGCUCGCUCAAUACUCACAGAAGGAUUCACUCAGGAGAAAAACCGCAUCAAUGUCAUGUAUGUGGAAAAAGAUUUACAGCAAGUUCUAACCUGUAUUAUCAUCGAAUGACCCAUAGCAAAGAAAAACCUCACAAAUGCAGUCUGUGCUCUAAAUCAUUUCCUACUCCAGGAGAUCUUAAAAGUCAUAUGUAUGUUCACAAUGGUUCUUGGCCUUACAAAUGUCAUAUUUGCAAUCGAGGAUUCAGUAAACAGACAAAUCUCAAAAAUCACUUGUUCCUUCAUACAGGUGACAAACCCCAUGCCUGUGAUUACUGUCAGAAGAGGUUCGCUCUUGCGUGUAAUUUACGUGCUCAUCGAAAAACUCACGAAAGUAAGAAUCCAUCGAUUAACUUACCUUAA